CACGGGCCAGCAAAAGCAGCAGCUCUCUGUCUGUCGCGCGCGCGCGGCUCUGGCAUUCGCUCCAGGUGCGCUCAUGGUUGUCCUGCGUCAUUUCUCCGUGGCGUUCAGCGCCGCGAUGGCUGCGGUCGGGACAGCGCUGUUUAUCGCGCUCAAUCUCUUCUAUAAGAGACGGGUUUGGACACCGGAGUCAGAGUACUUCACGUUCCGAGAGGAGGAAGAGGAGCGCAGUGAGAAGCAGGUGCUUGUUCUUGGCUUAGACGGCGCUGGUAAAAGCAGCGUUCUGCAGGGUCUGAGUGGAGCGGGCUACAGGAGGGGCUGUCGACCCACUCGUGGAUUCAACUUCAUCAGCCUACACACACCUGCGUGCCAGCUGGACUUCCUGGAAAUUGGAGGUGGUGAAGACUUGCGGAUGUACUGGGCAGAUUACCUAAGGAGAACAAACAUCUUGGUAUAUGUGGUGGACUCCUCUGAUCGAAGUCGGCUUCCGCAGGCCAAAGACGAGCUUCACCGAUUGCUCAAAGCUGAGACUGAUCUUCCAGUGGUGGUCCUGGGAAACAAACAGGAUAAGCCUGAUGCUGUCAGUGUCCCGGAGCUGCGUGAGGCUCUUUCCUUGAGCUCAGUGGCUGAUCAGAGGAAGCUCUUCUUACUGGCUGCUCAGUCAGGAUCUGACGGGUUAAGCAGAACCUGCAGCCUCCAAAAGAUCCAGGACCUGCUUCUGACGCUGGUGUGAAGCCAGGAGGAGUUGGCACUGAUGUGCCAGAGAGGACUGGCAAUGGGAUCUUCAGUUCCGAGAAAGUGCUCCAAGAAUCGAGCAGGAGAUAAGAAUGUUUACGUCAUGAUAAUGCCACUGUUGGGACACGGAAGGAGUUUUUUUUCCAAAUUGAGUCCUGUGCUCAUAAUGGCAUUAUUGCUGCAAGUUACAGUACAAUGUCUUACUUGAUCUUACUUAUCUUUAAUAGGAUUAUAUUCAGAAUUACAAAGUGUUACAGUACACAAUAUGCUUUAUCUCUGCAUGUGGAGUCUAUAUAUAUGUAUAUAUAUACGUAUAUAUAUAUAUAUAUAUAUAUUGCUGGUUGUAACUGAAAAAACAUGCAUAGCAUAUGGCUCCAGAUCGAGAUCUUUCUCACAUUACUGGUAUUAUAAUUGAGAAUAUGUCCUUAUUUAUGACUAAAAUGUGAUAUCAAAAUGUGAAAUGUGUAUCAAAAGCAUACUCCCCAGAUGCAUUUAAAAAAUCAAAUGGAUAUUUAAUUGAGCCAAUUAUAUAGUUUCAAUUUAAGUUAUUUAUGUACAUCAUUGCAAAAUAUGUGUUAAUUAACUAUGUGUGCACAUACACACAUACAUGACAUCUACAUACACAAAUUGAAUAAUGAUUAAAUA